GUCGCUUAAAGUGAGCAGGGCGACGGAAACUCGACUGUCUUUCGCCCAAGCGGAGCUCGAGUCAGUGCUGAGCCACGAUAACAGCAUCAUCUGCUGUUAUUCAGCUCUCGCACACAAAUGACACGCAACGGUGUCGGGACGUGCUUUUUUCAUACGAAAUUAUUUUCAUAGACCUUUCGUUUUUACACAAUUUUGUAUAUUAUAUAUAUAUUUUGGUCGUCCUUCCUCUUUCUUCCACCAUCUCCCCUUAUUUCUUGCCGCCAUGGUGCUAGGAAAAGUGAAGAGUUUCGUCGUGAGCUACGACUGUCUCAAUGACAGCAACGUUCCCGUUUUCUCCAGCGGGGACAGCGUCUCAGGAAGAGUCGUCAUCGAAGUGACCGGCGAGAUCCGCGUCCGGUCCCUGAAGAUCCACGCCAAGGGCUUCGCGAAGGUGCGCUGGACUGAAUCGCGAAACGCUGGUUCCAACACUGCCUACACGCAAAACUACACCGAGGAAGUGGAGUAUCUCAAUCACAAAGAUAUCCUCAUCGGUCAUGGAAGAGAUGACGAUAACUCUGAGGAAGGUCUCACCACCAUUCAUUCAGGAAGACACGAGUAUGCAUUUAGCUUUGAGCUUCCACAAACACCUUUGGCUACCUCUUUCGAAGGGAAGCAUGGGAGUGUGCGCUACUGGGUGAAAGCCGAGCUGCAUAGACCAUGGCUUCUGCCCAUGAAGACCAAGAAAGAGUUCACUGUUUUCGAACACAUCGACAUAAACACUCCCCUCCUGCUGUCUCCACAGGCAGGCACAAAAGACAAGACACUAUGCUGCUGGUUCUGCACCUCAGGUCCCAUCUCCCUAAGUGCCAAAAUUGAAAGGAAGGGUUACACCCCAGGAGAAUCGAUUCAGAUCUUCGCAGAGAUUGAGAACUGCUCCUCGCGCAUGGUCGUGCCAAAGGCUGCCAUCUACCAAACUCAGACCUUCUUUGCCAAAGGGAAGAUGAAGGAGAUCAAGCAUCUGGUGGCCAACAUCCGCGGGGAGUCGCUGUCUUCUGGCAAGACAGAGACAUGGAACGGAAAGUUGCUGAAGAUCCCACCUGUGUCACCGUCCAUCUUGGACUGCAGCAUCAUUCGAGUGGAGUAUUCACUCAUGGUUUACGUGGACAUUCCAGGAGCAAUGAACCUGUCCCUCAACCUGCCUCUAGUGAUCGGGACUAUCCCUCUUCACCCAUUUGGUAGUCGCACAUCAUCUGUCAGCAGCCAGUGUAGCAUGACCAUGAACUGGCUAGGCAUGAGUCUCCCAGAGAGACCUGAAGCUCCCCCAGCUUAUGCAGAAGUAGUCACUGCAGAACAGAGACAAACCUGCCUGGAAGUGUCUUCAGGCCGUGAAGACUUUGAUGGCCCACUGUUUGCCUACAUCCAAGAAUUCCGCUUCCAGCCUCCUCCUCCAUAUUCUGAGAUCGAUCCCAAUCCAGAUCAAACCAGACAGCCAGAGGAGGAGAGGCCUGACACAUGCCCAUCACGCUGAAUAGCUCAUAGCACCAGCUCAGAGAAGCUGUUCAUUUCAAACUUUCGUCUUUCGUUUUUUUUUCUCUCGGCGACAACGAGUGCAGUUGCGCUGCUGUCAAUGCCGAGCGAAAAUAAACAUGCAGGAGGAAGGACAAUAAAGAGCAGGAAGUUGCUGCCGUGUCACUUCAUUCCUGCCACAGGGAAGUGUGUGUUCACAAUGCACGUCUGUGUCAAUCCCUGUGGACAGAUGCACCUGAUUGGACUGAGACGCCAGGAUUUAAUCAGUUUAAUUUCUGUUGUCCUCAUGCUUCGCUCUGUAACCAUGGCACAAAGUAAGGUUGUGUAGCACAGAGCUACCUGGAGACAGACAAAUAUGCAGAGGAUACACUCUAGCCACCACCUGCAGUACAAAGGAGAGAAAACUAGAAUCUCUUGCUUCUGUUGUGGAUGUUGUUUUGCACAUCUUUUUUUUUUCCGCUUGAGUUGUAAGGCUCAGAUUUUGAAAAAAUCACUAAUUGUUCUGUUUUUCACUGUUUUGGUCUAAUAUGACUAAAUGAUCGCAGGCUUGAUUUGCUUUAUACGCACAUCUUGCAGAGAAUAGAUUCAGAGACAAACAUCUGAAUGAAAUUCAAUGAGAUUUUGCUCUGAUCUAGUUUCAGAAGGGUUUAUUUUUUAUUAUUAUUACGUUUCCUCCUAAGGACAUGCAGAUGACAAACUGCACCCUGCAGCAUGCACCACCUGAAAAGCCCUUCAGGCCUGGCAUUGUUGCCUGUGUGACUUUUCUGUUUUUUUCUCCCGUUCACACUGACACCAUCUAUAUGUUUUUAAACAUAGAAUGCCUUCAAGCCAACCCCUGUUUGGGGAUUAUGCUUUAGCGCAUGUUUUGUGGUAGAGAACAGAAGACAUUUGCCACUCGCAUGUGUAGGCAGAGCGGAGAGAUAAAACAGGGUGGAACCCAGCAGUUUCGCCUGCAAAUGGCCUGAACAGUUUGUUGCCUUUCUAUUUGUAGUGUAACGCAGUGCAGGCUUCUAUAUAGUACUGCCUAAAAAGCACUCAGUCUCAGGAGAACUUCUCACUUGCCAAAAUGUUGGAAACAAAAAAAAUGUAUGUUUUAAUUGCACUGUUUGAAAGCAAAAAAAUAAAAAUGUAGGUGAGACAAAAAAAAAAGUAGAUUAGAUUAACAGAACAGAGAAGACAAUGCACAAGGCAGCUUUCUAAGACGAACGACAUUCCCUUUUUGUCCUGUUUUACUUCAAGACUCGUUUUGUUCCAACAUUCCUCCAGGCCAAUGAUGGCAGAUAUGAUUCAGAGCAAAACGUGAUCGAACAAUGACUGAGACGCUGAAAGAAGGACCCAUGAAGAAGUUUGAUGCAGGCAAACUGCUGCAUUAGUGAUGUUGAAAUGAGGUAUACAUUAGUUUUUAAGAACUCAUUCAACAAGCUCCAUUUCUGUGCAGUAAUAUUGUAGCACUUUUUUAUUUUUUAUUUUGAUAGAACGUAAAGAUGAAUCAUAUCUCACUGAGGUCUGGAGGAAAUUUGGCAUUCAGCUCUCUCCCGGUGAAAAUGGUUUAAGCGAUGUUUGAUACAUCUCUUAAAUUCACACCAGUUGUUGGAAGGACGCUAUGGAUGUUUAUAGUCAAGUAGCUGAUGUAUGCGUAUAUGUGUCGUUUCUGGUUCUCUUUAAGGGGUGUAUAGAAUUCAGCAAGUUUUGGACUAUUUUUUUUUUUUUUUUUUUAAUCAUACAGACUCAUUAAAGUGUCUUAUCAUAGUGGCCUUGAAGAACUGACCUGGUUCAUCACUCACAUUCAUUAUAACUUUAAACCUUGCGACUGUGUUGUCUGAAGCAUGUUUAUGUUAAAGGACAAAAAGGGAAAACCAAAUAGUCCUUCAAAGCGAGCACUGAUCCCCAGACAUGCCACUCUGAUUUGCUAUGGCUGAAAUCAUCUUUUUGUAAUGACUAGCUUUGAUUACCAUUACGGGCAUUUAAGACUUGCUUCCUGGUCAGACGACCUGGACUAGUACUGUUUCUCUCACCUGGCUUUAUUUUGGGAACAAUAGCUGUGGUCUAACACACCUUUGGAGAACUGGGAUGUUAGUGGACAGAAUAGACGUUGCUAUUCUGAGACACAACUCAUUUCUUGUUUAUGUCUGUUUUGUUCGUUUCCACACUGGCAAGUGAUUUGGGCCUUACCUAAAACAAUAAGCUUAAGCAAAAAAAAUAAAUAAACUUAGUUUUGUUGGGGUUUUUUUUCUUCAUGGUUGGUCUAUUCCUGAUCUUGGCCUUCCAUGUAGUCCAGUGUUAAAGCUCUCUUUAUAAGGAAUGACUAGAAAUAAUAAUUAUUUUUUUUUUUUUUUUUUUUUUCCAGAACCACAGUGCAAUAUUUUAUUUUAUUUUCAUUUCUUGACAUCUGUGUAACCUUGUUUUAUUCACUGAUUAUGAACACUAAAGAGCUGACAAAUUUCUGAUCGGAAUGGUUUUGAACUUGUCUUCGUUCUUCCUUGGAGCUAAAUAAACCUUUUCCAAGCAUUAAAA